AUGAGAAUGAUAUUAAAGGGUAAAAGUGAGAAUGGGGUAUUAGUGUUACAGAGUGAUGAUGAGGAGGUUGGCGUAUGUAGCAGGCUAGAGAGAGAAAGAGAAAGAAAGCAGUCUAUGGUCAAAGCGAGGCAGUUGAGAAAUUGUAAACACCGAUCGAUCUACUGUUAUGUUAAUUGCAUUUCUGCCAUAGCUGUAAUCAUUUCUCGUAACUUCUUCUCUUCUAUUCUCUCUUCUCUGUACCAACUCACAACUCCUCUUUUUUAUCUCUGUUUCCUUUUUUAUUUUUUUAGGAGGAAGGAAUAGCCUAACACACUCUGAUACAAAAAUUUAUCGAUUUGGACCAUUUAUAACUGUCUUUUACACUUGCAAAUUAUGGUUUGGCAUAUAAAUAUUUUGGAUCCUUAAUGUGUGUGAUUGGCAAUUCCACAAAAGGUACAGCAACCACCAUGAGAUAUAUCAGGUAUAAUCAGUGACACCAAUGUUAUGUCCUAAAGGAAUUUUCAGACUUCUCACUCCAUUUUUCUUCGUCUUUUCAUUUUCUCUCCUCAUUUAUAUUCUCUCUCUCUCUCCCAGCUGGAUUCUCUUUUCAUAGCUAGGAAGCAAAAAGUACAUUACUACUUUUUCUCCUUUCUCACUCUCCCUAUAUAUAUAUAUAUAUAUUCAAUAAAGAACACUUAUUUUGAAACCAAAAAAAAAAAUGAGUAAUAGUUGUGGAAGAGAAGGAGCAGUGAGACAAUAUGUUAGAUCGAAGGUUCCUCGUUUAAGAUGGACUCCUGAACUCCAUCGUUGCUUUGUUAAUGCCAUUCAUACCCUUGGUGGUCAUCAUAAGGCCACCCCUAAACUUGUUCUUCAGCUUAUGGAUGUUAAAGGCCUCACUAUUUCACAUGUCAAGAGCCAUCUUCAGAUGUAUAGGAGCAUGAGAGGUGAAUUGGGAAGACAAGGUAGGACAAGCUCACAACAAAGAAACCAAUGUCAUGAAGAGAAUGAUGAUGGAUGUGUUGAUGAAGUGAAUGUGGAGCAAUCUUGUUCAAAACUCAUGAGAAGAGAAUCUGAUUCCCUCAUUGGACAAAGUAAUAACUUCACAAAAAGGGGUAGAAUAGAGAGGAGAAGUUGUAGUGAGCAGCAAUGCAGCAAUAGAAUAUGUGAUGAAGCAGUUACAAAUCCGUACUGUUUUUAUGAUUAUGUACAACAACAGCCCAAUACCAUGGAUGAUCAAAACAAAGGAGUUUCUCAUACCCCCAUUUCCACAACAUACCCCCCUCUCCUAUCACAUUUUGCCAAAAACAUCACUUCUUUCAAAUCUCAUAACCAAGAUUCUGAUUUCCCUCAGGCUACUAAUGUGAAUGACAGAAAUACCCCGUCAGGGGCAAUUAAUGGACUUAGGAAAACUGACACAGCACAUGUAGAAGUUGAAGGUGUAGGAGGGUAUGAGUUGUCAUUGUCACUCACAUUGCAAAAUCCUUCACCUCAGACAAGUAAUGCUUCUAACUCGGCAAGUGGAAUCAGUGAGACAAUCUCAUGCUGUCCUAACCCUGAUGGGUUUAGCAGCUACAAAGACUGUUAUAGAACAUCUACUGUGAAAGAAAGGAUUAAUUUAGACCUAUCUUUAGCUAUAUGUGGCAAUUGAUUUGAUGCUAUAGUUCACUGUAACAUCUUUUACUUUAGGCAUAAUUCACUGUACCUCUUUCUUUAUUCUCUUUGCUUACACUUUUGCUAUUUUUCUUGUCUCUCUUCACUGGGUGACUUUUCAAUCAGAAUUUUAAUUUUUUUUAAUAGACUUUCUAGAGAUGAUUAGUAUGCAAAUGGGUGCUGUGAGGCUAACAAUGACAACAACAAGAAAGACACAUCUAUUGGAACAGUAAUAAAGCAACAGUAUUCAAGUUU